AUGUUGAAAGCUAGUUUAACUGGUUCAAAACAUGAGAAAAAAGGUUUUCUCGAAAUAACAGGGGAUGGACAAUCAAUUGGUCGGGUUGUAUUGGCUUUAUUUAACGAUAUUGUGCCAAAAACAGCUGAAAAUUUCCGUGCAUUGUGCACUGGUGAAAAAGGUUUUGGCUACAAAGGUUCACCAUUUCAUCGUAUUAUACCAAAUUUCAUGUGUCAAGAUAUUAUACAUCAUAAUGGUUUUGGUGGUAAAAGUAUCUAUGGUGAUACGUUUGAUGAUGAAAAUUUUCAAUUAAAACAUACAAAAGAAGGUUUAUUAUCAAUGGUUAAUAAAAGUAAAAAUACAAAUGGUAGUCAAUUUUUUAUUACAACUGCUAUUACAUCGUGGUUAGAUGGAAAAAAUGUUGCGUUUGGUGAAGUAUUAGAAGGUUAUGAUGUAAUUAAAAAAAUUGAAGAAUAUGGUAGUCCAUCGGGUAUAACAUCGAAAAAGAUUACUAUAAGUGAUUGUGGAUUAUGGAACUAA